CGAAAACUAGGUUUCGCAAAAUCAAUGUUUUUGAUUGUGCCAUCCAAAAGGUUGGACGGCUUCUUGUUGAUCGUCAUCCUGUGAAUUUCUGGAAAAUUUUUUACUGUCUAUUGAUUGGAACAGCUAUUUUGGGUACAAUGUUUAUUCUGGGAGUCUGUCGAGCGGCGUGAGCGAACAACCAACCAGACCGAUGGGAGCCACGGCAGGCACCUGGGCCGCGCCCUCCUGAGCUUCGCGCCGUCACGCCACCGGAUCACCAUAUGCGUCUUAUUCUUGCUACUGGUGCUGUUCUCCUCUGUUCCGAGAUAGCUUGGGACCUGCGGUACAGAUCCUCCCCAUCCAGGGUUACUAGACCUCAAUGUGAUGGUGGGAUCAAACAGAAUUACUUGCUCGGAGAAUGGGGAAUUGGGUCAUCCUGUUCUCAGCGGGUUGUUUCUCGAACGGUCUGUCUCUCGGGCUUUCUUUGCGUUGGUCUCAAAUGUGGGAGUUGAUUGUGUACGAUUCCGGAGUUCACGGGAACCGGCGUCGCCGUUGAGUUUUUCGGCCGGUUCAGGGUAUGGAAGGAAGCCAAGACGAAGUCUAAUAUACUUUCCUGUAUUGUUGACUAUUGAGGAAUCUAAUGAGUGGUUGCAGAAGGGUGGGAGUUUGUAUGGGGAGAAAGGUCUCGGGCUAAAGGAGGGAGAAGAAGAACAGAAGGUGGGGUUUAAUGGGUGGGAAUCGCUUAAUCCUGUGGUGCGUCUCUGGGCUGAAGAACUGUUCCCGAUGGCCUCUAGGAUGUUCCUAGACCCGUUUAAGAGACUGAAGCAUCAGUAUAUUAUAUCUCAAGGAAAAAAGAAUCUUUCUGAAAGUGCCAAGGGACUUGGGGAAUCUCAAGGCUGGAGAGGCUUUGGGCAGAGGCAGGAUGUUGAUUUUCUUGGUGCAGAGCAGCUCCUGAAACUGUGUUGCCAUGAAAAAUUCACAAAGUUAAAUGGGUUCAUAAGCAGGGUAACUAACAGUCUUGCUGAAACAGUAUCUUCUGUGCCUAUACAUACGCAGGAGUCCUAUCAGAAAAAUAAUAGAUGCACAUUUGAGGAUGAUUGUGAUGGAAGGAUGCUACCACCAAUUUUGGACUUGAUACCUUAUGCUUUCAGAUGGUCACCACUCUUUGCUAAAGGAGGAGGCAGAGAUGAUUCUGGAAAUAAGGAAAGGAUGCCUUUUGGUGUUUCCACGAAUAGUUCCUCUAACAAAAGGCAGUGGACCAAUAUUCUUCUCGCCCUUAAUGUCUUGGUUUUUGUAGCUCAAAUCGCAAGCAAGGGAAAGUUAACAUCAUGGGGAGCCAAGAUAAACAGUCUUAUUGAAAGAGGCGAGAUAUGGAGGCUUGGUACUUCAUCACUUCUGCACGCAAAUAUUGGUCACCUUAUGGUCAAUUGUUUUUCUCUUAAUUCUGUGGGUCCAGUUGUUGAAGCGAUUGGUGGACGUAACAGAUUUCUUGCAGUGUAUGUUGCUUCUGCAUUUGCAAGUUCUGCUACUAGCUAUACGUUCUGCAGAUCACCUGCUGUAGGGGCAUCAGGGGCCAUAUUUGGACUUGUAGGUUCCUAUGCUAUGUUUGUUUGGCGGCAUCGAUCUGUUUUUGAGGACGAGAAACAUGAUCUGCUUCACAUUGUCAGGGUUAUUGCCAUCAAUAUGGCUAUUGGUCUUCUAUCAAAAGAAAUAGACAAUUGGGGCCAUCUGGGAGGCUUGCUUGGAGGUGCUGGAGUAUCAUGGCUUGUGGGUCCUGCCUGGACUUAUCAAUAUACUCGUAAUGAUGGCAGACAAGUGUUUGCGGACAAGCCCCCAUUGCACUACUUUUGCAAACCAUAGAUGAAUUUGACAUUUCAAUAUGGUAUUUUCAUGUUUAUAAAUUUGAGAUAGAUGCCUGUUCUACUGCCUUGUUUUCCUCUUCCUUUUCUUAGUUGCUUGGACGUGUUGCAGUCUCGUGGUUUGUGGGCCCUGCAUGGACAUGUCAAUAUACUCGUAUUGAUGGA